GCUUCAAGCGUUGGAAUGAAUUUGAUAAAUCUACACGACUUCAGAUCUGUCAAACUUAAACAGAAUUAAAAUUUGUGCUUUAAAAACUAAGGAAAGUUAAAAUAUUAUCAUGAUGUCAAACCAGCACAGAGAUGGAGUGUCCAUUAAUCUGGGAUUUGCUCAAGACUCUGACUAUAACUCUUACAGAGGCCAAUCAUGGACAAGGUCAUGGAGAAGAUUAUCAAGUUUACAGAGAACAGUGAUUGUCCUUCUUAUAUGUAUGGCAGCUCUAUGUUUUAUCUACUUCCAUCCAACCUUCCAGUCCAACAGUAAGAAAUCAACUAGAAUGAUCCCUGUAAACAUGCCACCAGAUAAUCCAGCAGACAAACUACCACAGGAAGUUGUGAAAGAAAUGGAAAUUGAGAAAAAGAAGAAACUCGAAGAUUUGAAAGAAAAAGCACAGAAACAACUUGACAAUAUUAUGGACAAUGUGAAGACUAGGGAUGAUGCUGACAAGGUUGUUGAUGCACCUGCAGAAAAAAAUAAUGAUAAACUACAGGAAGAAAAAGAACAAGAGAAGGAAGAAGUAGAAGUUAUGAAGCCAUCUUUAGAAUACGACUUCUUUGAUCCUAACAGAAAGCAUAAUGCUCAACAGAAGGCUAUAAUUGAAGCGUUCAAGGAAUGUUGGUCAGCUUAUAAGAAGUAUGCAUGGGGGCAUGAUGAGUUCCACCCUGUGUCCAAGCGCCAUUCCGAGUGGUUUGGUGUUGGACUCACAAUUGUAGAUAAUAUAGACACAACCAUCAUAAUGGGUCUAGAAGAAGAAUAUGAAGAAGCGAGACAGUUUGCAGCAAAUGGUUUAUCAUUUGAUAAAGACAAGGACGUAAACUUGUUUGAGAUUACAAUCCGUGUUCUUGGAGGGUUACUGAGUGCAUAUCACCUCACUGGAGACGUUGUCUUCAAGACAAAAGCUAAGGAUUUAGGGGACAGACUGCUGCCAUGUUUUAACUCUCCAUCUCGUGUACCGUACUCGGAUGUGAACCUACGUACAGGUAACGCCCAUGCACCAAGAUGGGGGCCAGAUAGCAGUACAUCUGAAGUCACUACCAUACAGAUAGAGUUCAGGGAUCUCUCAAAAGUCACUGGAGAUGCAAAAUACAAGGAAGCGGUAGAUGAGGUAUAUCAACAUGUACAUGAUGAGCCAAAGAAAGAUGGCCUUGUUCCUAUCUUCAUUAAUGCACAAAGUGGCAAGUUACGUAACUCGGGAACCAUCAGUGUUGGGGCUAGAGGAGAUAGUUACUAUGAAUACCUACUCAAACAGUGGUUACAGACAGGCAAAACUGAAAUGAAAUACAAGGAUGAUUAUGUACAAGCUGUUGAGGGCAUGAAAACACAUCUAGUCAGAAAAUCUGAGCCGUCUAAGUUGACAUAUAUUGGUGAACUGUUGAGUGGGAGAAAUUUUAGUCCAAAGAUGGAUCAUCUAGUGUGUUUUAUGGGUGGUACACUUGCCUUGGGACACUUGAAUGGGCUACCAGAUGAUCAUUUAGACCUUGGAAAGGCACUCACAAGUACAUGUUACCAGAUGUAUGCCAGAAUGCCCACACAUCUAAGCCCUGAGAUUGUAUAUUUCAAUCAAGCACAAGGUGCUCCUGAAGAUUUAAUAGUGAAGCCUCUAGAUGCUCACAACCUGCUGAGACCAGAAACAGUGGAAAGCUUGUUCUACUUGUACAGGAUCACCAAAAAUGAACAAUAUAGAGAGUGGGGAUGGAAGAUAUUUCAAGCAUUUAAGAAACAUGCUAGAAUUGAGGGAUUAGGAUACUCUUCUAUAAACAACGUAAAAAAUGCAGGAAACCCCAGUUUUAGAGACAAAUUAGAAAGUUUCUUUCUUGCAGAAACAUUGAAAUAUUUAUAUUUAUUAUUUAGUGAUGAUGCAGAUUUAUUGCCCCUUGAUGAGUAUGUGUUUAAUACAGAGGGACAUCCUUUACCUAUCUAUAAAUCUGUAUAGUGAAGUUAGUGUAGACAGAUACUGUGAUAUUCCUUUUGUCCCCAGAGAAAGAUUGUGCAUUUAAUUUUGAACAAAGCUGUAUGAGUGUUAAUGUUGGGGUUUUCAACAAACCAGUCGUUCCAUAAAGACAAUGUCUGUCUUAUUCCUAUCUUAUCAGUGACCAUAUAUAAUGCAAAGACAACCUUUUAUUAAGGGCUAAAAGAAUUGAUUUGAAACUCCUCAAGAUGUUUUAUCAGUGGUGUGAAGUGCUGGCCUAUAUUCAAGCAAGACAGUUUAACUGCAGUUUCAUGUGCUGGCCUUUGCCUGUGCAAGGCAAUUUAAUUGCUGUUUGAAGUGCUGGCCAGAUCAAAGGCAAGACAAUUUAAUUAAAAUCUGAAGUGCUGACCUGUUUUUCAGGCAAUCAGUUUGAAGUGCUGGCCUGUUCUCAGGCAAAACAGUUUGAAAUGCUUGCCUCUUCUCAGGCAAGACAGUUUCAUUGCAGUUGGAAGUUGUGGCCUGUUAAUUGCAGUUUGAAAUGUGGCUUGUUCUCAGGCAAGACAGUUUUAUUGCAAUGUGAAGUGUUUGUCGAUUUCCAGACAAGACAGUUGAAUUGCAAUCUGAAGUGCUGGCCUGUACUUGAGCAAAACAUUAUGAUUAUAAGGUGAAGUGCUGGCCUCUACCCGAGGGCAGUAGUGCUGUAUCCAGAAAGUUAUAAUCAGUUUUAUCAUUUAAACUGUCUGUGGUAACUAGCUCAAAGAUUGGCCUAAACCUUAAAUAAAUUUAUUAUUGUUAUACCCUGCAGUACAAAGUAUAUAGGGGGUAUAUAGGAAUGAUGAACAUCCCUUGAUUUGUUUAUCCGUAAUUCCUUUCCAGAAGCAUGUUUCUGAAAUCAUGUUACAGAUUUUAAAAUAACAAAUUAUUACCAUGAUACAGUAUCAUAGAUGACCCAGUAAAUAGGUCAAAGGUCAGGGUUACACAUGAGUUCAAAGUUCUAAUAGCCUUUUGCUCACCUGUAGUAUAGGUGGAUGGUCUGGCAUCGUCCUUUUUUUCGAAAUUUGCACAAACAUACCUGAAACUACUGGUCACAAUUACACAAUAAUUUGUAACAUACUGGCAAGGACAUUUGUUCAAAUGGAGAAACUUUUUUUCUUCAUUGGAACCAUGUUUAAGGCAGGUUUAUUGCAUGAAUACAUCAUCAUUGACAUGUACACACAUUUAUACAGUAUUCAAAACAUUACAGAAAAUUACUUAAUAUAAAUGUAUAUAUGAAGUUAUUUCAUUAUUGUAUACAACUUUCAGUUGCAAUUAAGGUAGUUCUGAAUGUUUGAUAAAUCGCAAGUAAUAAUGAAAUGUCAUUUAUCCAGAUAACAGAAUAAGGGCUGGACACGUUAUACAGAAAUGAAAAGGGUUUUAUGAAUUAAUGUCAGUCCAUGAAACAAUUUAGUGAAAUGGCAAAAUUCAUGAUUCAGUAUGUCGUACAUAUCUUCAAGGUCAAAUAGCAAAUUUCAGGUGAGCAACUUUAGGGCCACUGUGUCCUUGUAUUUUAAACUAAUAGAUUUUAAAGUCACUAUAGGUAGAUAUUAACUAUCAUAAUAAUGCGAGAAUCGUGCAUAACUCAGGUCACUGGGUCCAAGGUCAAGAGUACUCUUGGAAGUCAAAGGUCAAUCAGCUUUAUCUUGUGCCCAGUUCAUAUCAUAUUUAUAGCUGGAAGGAUGUUCAUAAACAUGCAUCAGUUCUUUACCUCAUCAAGUUGAUAUACAAGGUGAACACUAAGGUCCAGAGUCAGUGUCACCCUUGGGAUUUAAAAAGUCCUGAUCACAACAAUUUACCUUCCCUGUAUCAAAAUAGUGCAUGGAGGUAUUAAUCACCUUCAGUGAUAGUUCUAGUUAUUUUUAGCUCACCUCAGCAAUGCUUAGGUGAGUUUUUGUGAUCGCUCGAUGUCCAGCGUCUGUCUGUCGUCUGUCAACAUUUAGCUUGUGUAUGUGAUAGAGACUGUAUUUUUCAACUGAUCUUAAUGAAACUUGGUCAGAAUGAUUACCUUGAUGAAAUCUAGGCCGAGUUCGAAAAUGGGUCAUCUGGGGUCAAAAACUAGGUCAUUAGGUCAAAUCAAAGAAAAACCUUGUGUAUGCGAUAGAGGCUGUAUUUUUCAAUUAAUCUUCAUGAAUUUUGGUCAGAAUGAUUACCUUGAUGAAAUCUAGGCCAAGUUCGAAUAUGGGUCAUCUGGGAUCAAAAACUAGGUCACUAGGUCAAAUCAAAGGAAAAGCUUGUAUAUGCGAUAGAGGCUGUAUUUUUCAAUUGAUCUUCCUGAAAUUAAGUCAAAAUGAUAACCUUAAUGAAAUCUAGGUCGAAUUUGAAAAGGGUCAUCUUGGGUCAAAAAGUAGGUCACUAGGUCAAAUCAAAGAAAAACCUUGUGUAUGUGAUAGAGGCUGUAUUUUUCAAUUGAUCUUCAUGAAAUUUGGUCAGAAUGAUAGCCUUGAUGAAAUCUAGGUCAAGUUCGAAAAUGGGUCAUCUGGCUUCAAAAACUAGGUCACUAGGUCAAAUCAAAGAAAAACUUUGUGUAUGCGAUAGAGGCUGUAUUUUUCAAUUAAGCUUCAUGAAUUUUGGUCAGAAUGAUUAUCUUCAUGAAAUCUAGGCCAAGUUUAAAUAUGGGUCGUCUGUGGUCAAAAACUAGGUCACUAGGUCAGAUAAAAGAAAAACCUUGUGUAUGCGAUAGAGGCUGUAUUUUUCAAUUAAUCUUCAUGAAUUUUGGUCAGAAUGAUUACCUUGAUGAAAUCUAGGCUGAGUUUGAAAAUGGGUCAUCUGGGGUCAAAAACUAGGUCACUAGGUCAAAUCAAAGAAAAACCUUGUGUAUGCGAUAGAGGCUGUAUUUUUCAAUUAAUCUUCAUGAGUUUUGGUCAGAAUGAUUGCCUUGAUGAAAUCUAGGUCAAGUUCGAAUAUGGGUCAUCUGGGAUCAAAAACUAGGUCACUAGGUCAAAUCAAAGGAAAAGCUUGUAUAUGCGAUAGAGGCUGUAUUUUUCAAUUGAUCUUCCUGAAAUUAAGUCAAAAUGAUAACCUUAAUGAAAUCUAGGUCGAAUUUGAAAAGGGUCAUCUUGGGUCAAAAAGUAGGUCACUAGGUCAAAUCAAAGAAAAACCUUGUGUAUGCGAUAGAGGCUGUAUUUUUCAAUUGAUCUUCAUGAAAUUUGGUCAGAAUGAUAGCCUUGAUGAAAUCUAGGUCAAGUUCGAAUAUGGGUCAUCUUGGGUCAAAAACUAGGUCACUAGGUAAAAUCAAAGAAAAUACUUACUUAUACUCUAGAUUUUUGCUCCAAUUUUAAUGAUAAUUGGUCAGAAUAUUUUUUUCCAUGAAAUCACUAGGUCAAACAUGUUUACUCUGUUUAAUAUGUUGUGUUAUGGUGUGUUUCUCAGGUGAGGGACCUAGGGCCAUCUUGGCCCUCUUGUUAUUGUUGUUAUUAUUGAAUGUUUUAUGUUGCCACUUAGUGUGGUUUUUGUAACAAUUGACAUAUCCUGUCAAUGUAUUUAUUGUUCCUGAAACAGCAACUCAUAGACUUUUGUUUCAAGGAAUUCGUAGUAUAAUUAUGUUUUUGUAUGUAUUAGUGUUGUAGCAACAUUAACAGCAUUACCGGAAUGUAUCAGAGUUACCUUCCCAUCUUUCUAUCAUUUAUUUUGCUUCUUUGUAUACUUUUCAUAAUCAUGGUGAUAUUCACAUUUCAAACAUUAGCAUCCUUUGAAUAUAAUGAGUAGGUCAGAAAAAAGAAAAAAAAAUUUAAAAGGUUUUUAAUGACAUGUGCAA